AUUCCCUAGUUAUAUGUUAAAUGAAUAUGUGUGUAAAAUAAAAUGAUAAAUAAGAUAUAUAAACAUCCUUAUAAAAUCGUAUGUUAAUUUAAAAUUUAUUAGAUAAAUUAUUUUAUUACAUUUAUAAUCUAUUAUAUUAUGAAAUAUGAUACUUAUUGUAAUAUUAAAUUUAAAAUAUUACUAGUAAUAUGAUAUUGUAUUAUAUAUAAAUAUAUAUAAAUAUAUAUAUAUUGUUAUAUUAUAUUGUUAUAUAAUGUUUAAUGCUCUUUGAAAUGAAUAUUUUAUUAAUAAUUUUAAAAUAAAUUCUUUUUCAAUUCGACAAUUCUAUAGAAAAAUAUUGUAUUAGAUUCUAAUUAGAAUGAUCAGAUAUUGAUAAUUUUUAUUGAUUUAAAUUUAAUUAUAUAAAUGAUAAUCUUGAAAUUUCUAACGAUUUAAAUAAACAGUUAUAAAAUCUCUAGUAAUGUUAUGUUGAUUGGUUGAAUAUAAGAAUGGCCGUUCCUAUAAUUUUAAAUUUGAGUUAAGAAAUAUUUUAUUUUAGAUUUACUUGGAUAACAAAUAAUUUUAUAAUUUGAAUAAAAUAUGUCCAUUAAUGUUACUGUUAAUGGAAAUCGUUUAAAUAUACAUAGAGGAAGAAUGGUAUUAUCUGAUUUAGAUCAAAUUAAGAAAAAUGAACGAGAUCGACGGCGAAGGUUACGUUUGGAACAGGUACGACAACAAUCAAAAGAAAUAUCAGAUAGACUUUUGAAACGUACAAAAUGCAUAGCUAAGGAAGAACUUAAAAAGCUUGAAAACAAUGAUGAAUUAAGUUUGAAGCAAAUAUAUAAUGGUAAAAUUAUGGAAGUUCAACAAAAAUAUCAAGAAGACAUGGCAGAUAUUGGUCAAGCACAUAUAUCUGCUGCAUUAGAACCUGAUUAUGAUGCAUUAAUUAAAGAAAAACAAAGGAAAAAUAAAAUAGCAGCAUUAAAAAGAGGAAAAGAAGCAAGAAAGCAAAUUAAAAAUACUCAACAGAAGGAGACUAUGCAACAGCAACAUCAUGAACGAUUACAACAUGUAAGAGAGCUAGAAAAUCUCAGAUCUAAAAUGAUAGCAAACAUUUGUAAAAAAACAGGGUCUGAAGAGGAUACUGUAUGUGUUACUAUUCAGAAUAAAACUGAUGAAGAAAAUAAACAGCAAAAACUUGCUAAAAAAAAAACAAAAAAAUUACCUGAGAAUGUUACAGAAACUCAUAUAAAAAUUGUAGGAAAUGAUUUUAAAACACAUUCUCCAAUUUUGAAACCAAAAAUAAAAACAUCAGAAAUAAUUCCAGAAAAUGAUUCUUUAGUUCUAGAACAACAAUCUAAUUCGAUUACAGAACUAUCAUCUAAACAAUAUAUGAUUGAAUCUGAUAAUAAAAAUUUUGAGAAAAAAAAUAUUCUGACAAAAAUAGAUAAAACAAGAUAUAAUCCGGAUGAUUACAUACAAACAACUUCGGAAUCUAUUACUAGUGACAGUUCCAGUUCAUUUAGUGAUGAUUCAUCAUAUUUUUCUGAUAGUGGUGAACAAAAUAUAAGUAAAGAAAUAAAAACAACAAAAUAUGUAAAAUGUCCAGCUAGUGAUAAAAUACAAUUAUAUGAUCAUAAUAAACGUUAUAAUAAUAUAUACGAUCAACCAGUUGGUAUAGUUGAAAAAAUAUCUACAUGGAAUGAGCCAAGUGCAAUGGAUUUGGCUCAAGAAAUAGAACAAGCACAAACUGUUCAGCAAAAUUUAUUAGAAAAUCGUAAACAUAAUGCGAAAAAACGUGGAGAAGAUGCAGCAUUAAGAGAAAAAAUACGUAGGGAUUAUCAGAUUCUUAUGCAAAAUCUAGAUCAACUUGCAGGUGAAGAACGUAAAUUAAAAGCUAGCCAAAUUGAACAUUAUCCGAAAGAUGUAUAUAUACAAGAAGAACGAAGAAAACUUUUAAGAAACCAACAUAAAAAGAAUCUAAAUCGUGCAUUAAAAACGUUAUUAAGUGAAGAAUCUUUAAAUGAAGAACAAUGUAUAUCACAUCCUAUAGAAAGACAAAUUACACUUACACCAAGAAAAUAUGAUAAAAAUAUAGAUGAUUGUACUGAUUGGAAAAAAUCUUGUUGCUUUAAUCAACAUACAAAAACCAACAAAAUUUUACAAAAUAAAUGUAAAGAGAGUGAAACUUCACGUGAAGAACAAAUAUUAGAAAUGUUAAAAAAAGUUGAAAAACAAAAACGAUUAUUAUUACAAGAAUUUGGAGCUAAUUUACCAAACGAUAUUUUUAAUGCAUCUAUAAAAAGUUUGUUUGAAAAAGAUAAAUCAGUUCAAACUCAAUUACCUGUUCAAGAUGUAUGUAUACAAAAAUCUUUAUCGCCAGAAAUCAAAGUAAUAAAUGCAUCUUAUGAUGAAGACAUUAAAGAUAAAACUAAAGAAAAAAAAGAGUUAUCUGUGAAAAAAGUAGAAAUUGCUGUACAAACUAUAACAGUAGAUAGAGAUAAUAUAGCUCAAGAUAAAAGCACACAAGUACAAUUGAUAUCACAAAAAGAAAAUGAAUCUGACUUUGUUAAUGAUGAAAUUAAGACAAUUACAAAACAUUAUCCAAUUGAACCACGAAUUACAAUUAUUAAACAUGAAAUGGACAGUAAUAAUUCAACAAGUUCUGAGACAAUAAAUGCAAAUGCUGAUAUUGAUGAAAGUAAUAAUCAAAGUCCAAAAGUAAUAUUGAAAAAGAAGAAAUAUAAUACGAAGAUAUUAAAGCAAACUCCACCAAAAAUGUUUCACAAAUCAUGCUCAACUCGUACAAGUAAAACUUCGUCUCCUAUAAAGAAAUAUUCAAAAUUUUUAUCAAGAUCACAAUAUAGCAGUCAAAGAAAAAGUUUAUGUACGGAAGACAUACCUAAUAAAAAAAUUAAAAUGUAUGUAGAUAAAAAUGGAUUUAAUAUUAAAGUAAAGCCACCUCAAAUUACAGACAUUACUGUAGAUGUAAAUUCUCAAAGUACUCAAGUUUAUUCAACAAAGUCUAAAGAAGAAGCUGUGAGUAAACAACAAUGGGUUCAAUCCACAUCAAAAAAAAUUAAAAUGAAAGAUAUUUCUGAUACAUCAACAUCUUUUGCUAGUCUACCAUCAGUAAAACCCAAAGAAAUAUUCGAAGCUUUACAUAAUAAUAUCUCUAUUCUUGAAAUGUUAGAUUCUUCAGCAAAUGAAAGUAUAAGACGUUUAAGAAAAGAUAUUAGUCCAGUAUCAACACCAGAUACCCCAUCACCACGUACUAUGAUGAUGCCUUCAAAUAUACCUCACUUAGAUAGAAUUAAAAAAUUGCUUAGAUAUUCGUCUACAGAUUCUCAAACGAAUGAUAAUGAUAUGUUAUUAUUUUCUAAAAAUGAUAAUUCAACAUCAAUAGAUUCAUCUGAACAUCAACAAAAUGAUUGUUUACCAUCAAAAAAUGAUGAUAUAGAUUUGAAAAUUCCAAUUUCACUAGGAUUUUGUUUAUGUGAUAAUCCAGAAUGUAAACAAACGCACGCUAGAUUUGAUGAAAUUCGUAAUUAUGCAUUAAAAAAUUGCCCUCAAAUACUACAAAAGUAUGAAGAUCUUCAAACUACAUGUGCAGAAAGAAUAAUUUCUUUAACGAAUCUUAUUGAAAAAGUUCGAAAUGAACAAAAAGGUAUGGAACUUUUUUCUUUAAUCGAUCCAAGUGAUGAAACAAGUUUGAUGCAAUUACCUGACCCUCAACCAAUGACUAAUGAUUUACAAAAUGUGCAUAGACUUGUAGAAAAUAUAGAAGCAAUUCAUGAUCAACUUGUAAAAACAUUAAUUGAAUCUCAAAAGAUUAUUAAAAGUAAGAUCAUCAAAGAAGAAAUUGAUCAAAUAAAAGAAAUAGGAAUAGUAUCUUCAAAAUGUGAUGAUAAUGCAAAAGAUAAAAAAGAACUAGAAGAAAUUAAAAUCAAACCAAAAAUUCUAAGUGAUGAAAAAGUGAACAUUCAAUUGAAUAGAUUUAAAAUACAAAAAUCAACAUUCCAAGCAUCAACAUCGACACCAAAACAUAACAUUUGGCUUACACCAAAACAAUAUGAAGAAGAAAUGAUAGAAAAAUUAUCAAAAGAAAUUUUAGAACAAAGCAAAGGAUUCAAUGAUAAUGCAAUAUCGCAGAAAGAAAUUUAUGAUUCAGCUAUGAAACAUUCUAUUCAAACUUCAACAGAUAAUAAUGAUUUUAAAAAUGAAACACAAAAAAAUCAUACAACUAUAAAAAAACAUUUUAAUAAAGAGAUAAAAAAUAUUAAAGAAUUUAUACCAUUACUUAAUGAUAUUCCGAAAACAUCGAAAACUACAGAUAAUAUUAUGCAUAUUAAUGGAAGAAGUAAACCACCAGUGAGUUUACUUAGUGGACCAUAUAGAACUGAAAUUGAAUCAUCCGGGCAUGAAUUGUCAACAAUAAUUGAAUUUGAUACACCAGAUACUGUAAAUAAAAGCCAAAACAAUAUCAGAAGUCCAUUGUCAGCGAAAAAGAUUGCAGAAACUCAAAUAACAAAAUCUACUGCUGUAGUAAAGCCAUCGGAACACAUUAAUACAUCGCAUAAUUUAGAUAAUCAACAUUCAGAAAAGUUGCGUAAUUCUUCUAUUAAAAAGCUAUCUUCAAUAGUAUUUACACAAAAUUUAAAAGAAGCUUCAAUAUUUCUUGAUUCACCUAAAUCAUCUAAAAAUAUAGGAAACCAAAACUUAAUGGAAAAUAAAAACAAAGAACAAAAAGAUAUUAUUCAGGAGAAUGAUAAAAAGUUCCAAUGUGAUACAGUGAAACAAGAAUCAUUGCAAACAAAAGAAUUACAGUCUUUUCGUUCUAAUAGUAAUGGCCCAAAUAAAGAAUGUAAAGAUAAUAAAAACAAAAUAACGUCUACAAGUUCAAAUAGUUUUUCUGAAUUAUCAGGAGUUUCGCAAAUAGCAAGUACCCCUUCUUCUACUAUAUUAAAAUAUGCAUCGUCUCCAGAAGAAAUGGAAAUUGCUCUUAAAAAACUUGGUCUAGGUUGGGCGAUUACAACAUUAAAAAAAACACGAGAAGCGAGUGCUUUAAGUUCAUCAUCUAAUUCUGAUGUAACUCCGAUAAAUACUGCCAAAAGAAUAAUAUCACCUGUUAAAAAGCAAUUUGAAAAUAAUUACGGAUUACCAGAUUUCAGUGAUAUGUCUUCAAUAUCUAUUAAAGAAGCUAGCAAAAGUACAGAGAAAGCAGUUCUUCUAAAAGGUAGAACUUCUACACCAAAAUUACAAAAUUCAAAUUCUAAUAGUGAAGGAACGAAUACAAGUAAUACAAAUAUUUCUGAAAAUUUUCAAGAACCUGAUGAUGUAUUGAUAAUUCCUAAUAUAUCACUUACAAAAACGAAAUCUAGUAUUAAAAAGUUGGAAAAUCUAUGAUAUAUUUUUAUAUUAUUACUUAAAUAAUUUUUUUAUAAAUACUUAAAAAUAUAUAUAAUAAAUCAACAAAAAAUUAUUUUAAAUAAAUAAUUAGUAUUUUUAUUAUUAAAUGAAUUCGAAAAUUUAAAUAUUUAUUAUUAAUACAUGUUAUCAAUGUUUAUUACUUACAUUUUAAUAUAUUGAGUGUCAUAAUUUUUGUAAAUUUGGUUGCUGUGUCAAAAUAUUAAUAAGAAAAAAAAAAUUAAAAUUUAAUAAACAGAAAAUUUUCAAUUAAAAUUCCAAACUUAUCGCUAUUACAAAAGAUUAAAAGUUUAAUUAAAUCAAACUUAGUUUUUAAGAUAUUAUCGUUUUUGCAAUCUUUAUUUAGAUUAAAACAAUAUAUAAAUAUAUUAUAAAAAAUAUUUUAUAAUUUUUUUUCAAUUCGGAUCUCGUGUAAUCUAUUUCAUAUAUAUAAGAUUUCCAGUUUAAACAAUUCAAAGAAAUUAACGGAAAAUAAUCUUUUAAUUGAUGGAUUGGAAUUUGAGUAAGAUUAUUAGAUUUAUCAUUAGAUCAUAUUGGAAGGAGAACCUGAAUUCUUUAUGAAGAAAUUUCAUGAAAUUUUUAUACAAUAUUUUGAUACUUUGAAUGAUACUUUAAAUUAACAUUCAUUUAGCUAGGAUAUAAUAAAAAUAAUUUUAGCAAUCAAUUUUAUUUGCAUCAUAUCGAGCAAAGCGAUUCAAUACUCCAUAGACAUCAAUUUAUAUCGAGUAAUUUUUUUUUAAUGAUUACAUAUAUAACAAUAUAUAAUAAUAUAUUUUAAAUAUAUUUUAUUAUAUGAUAUAUUAAUAAUAUAAUAAAAUUAUAUUAUAUUGUAUUAUAAUCGAAUCCAUUAUUAAAUUAAAUCAAACUUAAAGUGAAUUAUAAUAUACAUCAAAUUAUAUUUUGCAUUCCAUGCAAAAUCAUCAAAACAAUAAAUAAAAUUUAAUAUAUUGAAUUUGAACUAAUUCGCUUAAAUAUUAAAAAGAAUUUGAUAUAUUGUAUAUCAUUUUAUAUAACAAAAUGCAUCAUUAAUUAUGAUUGUUUUUUCAUAUUAUGUAUUUUGUUCUUGAAACUAUAAUAAUGCAAUACUAUUCAUAAUUUGGUAUUAUCGAAAAUGAACACAAAAAUAUUAGAUUAUUGAAAUUCUAUAUAUAUAUAUAAUUACUUAUUAUUAUAUAGGGAAAAAAUAGUAAUAGCAAAAUAAAAUAUAUAUUUAUAAAUACACUUUAAGAAUUAUUUUUUAAUAAAUAUCUAUCAAGAUUCAUAUAUAUUUUUUACAUAAUAUAAAAUGAUUAUAAAAGAUAAAAUAAGUAAAAUAAAUGAAUAUUAUAUUUUUAUGUUAUUCUAGUUUAAGAAAACUAAAUAACAAUAGUUUAUUUUUAAUAAUAAAUUUAAAAUAAUGAAUUUUUAUGUAGCAUUUAUUACAUCUUUCCCAUCUCCAUUUUAAUAUAAAAAAAAAUUUUAUUAUAUAUAAUUUUUUAUGUAUAUUUAUAACAUUCUUAUUAUAUAAUUUUAAAAGUACAAAGAUUUCUAAAUCAAUAAAUUUCUUUUUUACAAUUUCUUUCUUUUCUAUAAUAUAAUAUUUAAUAAAAUUUAUUUUACAAAUUAUUGUUCUAUUUCUAAAUUAUUAUUAUAUAUUUAAUUUGAUUUAUUUCAUGUCAUUUGAAUUACAUUAAUAUUUAUUUUAUUAUAGUAUUAUACAAAUAUAUCAAAUAUAAAAGUCUAUUUUUGAUUUAUUAUUAUACUAUAUUGGUUUUCAUAAAAAUUUUAAUAUUGAAAACUUGUAACAAUGCGAAGAAUAAAAUAGAUUUUUAUACAGAAUUCAUUACUACUUAUGUAUAAUAAAUAUAUUUAAUAUUUCCAUAAUUUUACUGUUAUCUAUAAUUAAAAAUUAAUAUUGUGUUAAUAUAAUAUUAAUUAUAUAGUGAAUGAUUACAUAUAUAUCAUACAACUGUACGAAGAUGAUUAGCCUUUUUC